AAGAGGCUCCGAGCUCAUCGUCCUCGUCUCCGCCCUUUGGCGCAGGUGUGCUCAGCCCGAGCCCCAGAUCGGAGCCACGCCACCGGCGGCUGGCCGGCAACCCCCUCCGUAAGGUUCUUCUACAUCCAUCCGGGAUCUCCCUUCUUCGCGCCACCGCGGAGUGGCCGGGCAGGGAGCAGCCUGUCCUGGCGCCCGAGACGGGAGGGGAAUUGCCGGCGACCGGAGAGGAGAAUGGAGGCGCUCAUCGGAGACGGGCCUCUCCGGUCACCAUUCUUCAGUAUGCUCCUCAAGAUGGCGAUGGUGGAUGUCAGGGGCGACGAUGUUAGCUCAUGGCUGCAAGCAAGAGCAUCUCUGUCUGGGAUCAAGUAUGGCAGCCCAGGCAGCAGUGGUCGUCACUUUCAUGCCCGUCAGAGCUCGUGCGGUGUGCGGAAGGCGAUGGCCCCGCUGACGCCGACGACACACACAGUGAGGUCGUUGCCACUUGCCAAGUUCGCCGGGCAGGAGUGCUCUGUUUGCUUCGAGCUGCUUGCAGACACUCAGUAUGAUCGUCUUGCUGCUUCUCUUCCCAGUUGAAUAAUCUGAACCUAUGUAGUUGAUUGUUCGUUUUUGUUCGCCUUACAAGCAUUUGACUUAAAAUUAUAUUUACAUGUACAAUAAAAUUUUGUGCAAUUAAUUGAUCCUACAUGCAAAUGCAUACA